AUGAUUGAGAGAAGAAGAAUGAAAUGUUGUGUACUUAUGAAUGUAGGAUUUUAUUUUUGGAAUAGCUGUGUCUUAUUACCUAACAUUAAACUGGAGGAAUAUUUUUCAGUGCAACAAGCUAAUCACAUAAUACAGAGCCUUCUGGGGUCAGCAGGGUGUCAGGCAAGGAGAAACAUUCAAUAUUCACUGCUGCCAGCCUUUCAUUAUUGCAUAUUAUUCGAGAGGAUAUUGAGAAAAACUUCUACAAAAUGGAAAAUUUCAAUUACAGAAAUAUUUAUCUUUCAAAGAAGUCUUGGACAUUUAUACAAUCCAAAUUAUUUUUAA